AUGAACGCCGCGCGCCAGGCGUGCCGCCCCAAGCACCAGGUGCUCGUGCUCAAGUGCUAUCCCAAGUACAACAAGCAGAAUGUCGAGGUGCGCGCCAACUCGUCGGAGCUGGCCUAUCUGCUCUACUACGCCUCCACACGGCGCUCCAAGCUCGCCAAGGUCACCGACUUCCUCGACAAGCGCGCGACGAGCGACGUGUGGAAGGGCCGCACGGGCAGCGUGCAGGUCACGCUGCAGAUUGUGCGCGCCCUGAUAGACAAGUGCCCGCGCGACCUGCCGCUGUACCAGCACGCCGUCCUGCGUAUCCUGCGCACCAUCCUGGCGAGCAGCGACGUCGGCAUGGUCGAGGAGAGCGUGCCGGUCUUUGCGGCGCUGUGUGCCCACCAGGACCCGGCCAGCCUCGCCGCCGACGUCGAGUACGUGCGCCAGUACGAGGCCAUUGUCCAGCUGUACGCCCACUUCGCCGCAAAGCACCCGCCCGCCGCCGCCAAUCAAAAGGCCCCGCAGAGCUGGCCCGUCGCCCUGCGCCUGCGCAAGGCCGGCCUGCACGCGCUGAAGGCCGUCGCCGAGUCGGAGAGCCUGGGCAGCGAGACGGCCCGCCAGCUCGCCCUCAUCGUGCCCGUCGUGCUGGCCAACAUGUACGCCGACUCCGCCGCCUUCCUCGCCCGCCUCGAGCAGCGCGAGCGCGACAGCGACGCCCACGACAAGGAGCUGGCCCUGGGCCGCCGCAAGAGCCUCUCCGCCCCGGCCCGCACGAGCACCAACGACGAGGACGAGCGCGCCGACCCCGUCGCUGCCGAGGCCACCACCGAAGCCGCAGACCGGCUGGCCGAGGAGAAGGUCGGCGUGCUGGCCCUGCAGGCCCUGCGCAACAUCUUCCAGGGCGUCAACCGCGGCCAGCUGCGCCUUGCCACCUCUGCCGUGCUCGCCUUCAUUGCCGACAACGUCAAGCGCCCGCACGCGCCCGGCGAGAGCUGGGCGACGAAGCUCAUGGCCAUCAUCUGCGCCUGGGCGCCUGUGCAGGACCGCUACGCCAUCUUGGUCGCCGUCGUCGAGGCCCUCGUGCGCAGCCCCAUUGUGGAGGCCGACGUCGAGCGACAGCUGGUGCUGGCGACCAUCAUCGACCGCCUCCUCAGUUCCACCAUCAACUUCAUCGGCCUCAGCGUCAUGGACGUCCUGGUCGGCCUCAUCUCCCACACAUUGCUGCUGCUCCAGCUCGGCGGACCCGGCUCGACCGUCUCGCCCCACCACCAGCAGACGACGUCGGUGCUCUCGGAGGAGAGAGCAAACGGACAGCCCUCCCCAAACAACACGGGCGUGGUGAUGGAGCUGGUCAGCGAGCCCUCACACUUGAGGAUGCAGCUGCUCGACGUCGUGCGCAAGUGCAUGGCCGACCUGGCCACACACGUCUACUACACCGAUCAGGUCUCCGACAUGAUCGAAGCCAUCCUGAGCCGUCUCAAGCCUUCGCCCGCGUCUACCACCACCGCCGAGGCCAUCGAGAACCCAGAGGAGGCGCUCGAUGCCGUUGUCACGUCCGGCAGCCUGCGCGAAAAGACGCACGUCGACAGAUUCUUCUCCUUCGAGACCGCGCGCAUCACAGCACUCGAGGCUGUCAAAGCCAUCAUCGAGACCGCAAACGCGCGCCGACCAGACGGCUCCUCCGCAUCGGUAGCACGCAGUAGAGUGGGCGUGAGCGUGUGGGAGGGCACCCAAUGGCUUCUGCGCGAUCCUAGCGGGGCUGUGAGGAAGGCCUAUGUGGAUGCGGUGGUCACCUGGUUGAGCUUGGAGAAGACGAGGCAGGAUCUGAGGAUCGUGGACAACCACCGCAGGAAGGACAGCGAUCACGACAAGGGUGGGCUGACGAAGCGCGCCGUGUCGAAUGCAUCGCAGCGCGAGAAGUCGCCAAAGCCCGGGAGACACAGCUUCCUGCCGCUCCUGCAUCUGGCUGUGUACGAGAAUGCGUUGCAGUUUGUCGACUCGGAAGCGGACUACAUGCUUCUGCACCUGCUGCUCAGCACCCUGGUCGAGCGGCUGGGAAUCAACGCUGCGCGGAGCGGACUCCCCAUGGUCAUGCGCCUACAGGAAGAGAUUGCAACGGUCGAAGAGCCGACCGCAAAAGUGCGCAUAGGCAGCCUCGUGCAUGGCUACCUGUGGGCUCUCAGCAUGGCGCUCGACUUUGAAACAUCAGCAAUCGGCCGCACUGUCCACAACGAGAUCACACGGCGCAACAACCACGGCCUGUGGCUCAAGAGCAUCCGCGUACCGCCCAUGCCGGCCGACCGCAUCGACACGCCGCACCCUAGUCUCUCCCAGCUUCCCACUUCCGUCGUACAAUCCGAGUCGCUGAUCCCGUUCGACAACCGCGACGCCCUUGUCGAGAAGAUGUCAGAAGGCUACUCGAGCUCGCUCCACUCGCCGCCCUCCUCUCUACCGGGCUCACCAGGCCGUUCCAUGUCCGCAUCAUCGUACUCCGGCCUUCCCACGAUCCACCAGCCCCCGACCAUCGAGACCAACAACAUCCUCUCCGUCCCCACGCUCCCCUACAAAGUCCGCGAAGACCUCCUCGCAGACUGGUCGCGCGAGCAGUGCCUCGCCAUCAACACCAAGGGCUCCUCGAGCGCGUCCAUCUCCGGGAGCAAGAGUGGAACGCAGUACACCGGGCAUCGAGGCAACUUCCUCGGCGUCCGCAUUCCCAACGGCGGACUCGACAGCACGGGGAGUUCGCCUGACCAGAGUCCGCGCCGCGCACACUCGCGCCCUCCAUCCAUGGCCUACGGUCUUGUGGGCCGCCUCGCCUCACCACAGAGGCGGAGGAGCCCGAGCGAGAGCGGGGGCAAUGAGACGCCACGCAGCAGGUCGUCGCUGCGCUCCAGCGUCCGUGUUGAUGACUUGAAGAGGGCGCUGAGCGGCUCCGGCCGCGCACCGCGCACAUCCUACUCGAUGCGGCCCCCGACACGGCGCGACGACGACGAAGAGACGGAUUCGCUGGUAAGCGCGCACUCGCUCAGCGACGCCUCCUUCACGACGACCCACGAAGCGCUCGCCCGCGACCGCGCUGCAGCCCAGUCUUCCGUUUCAGACGACCCAGGCACACCCGCCGCAACACUGACACCGCGCCCGCUGCCCGCCAACCAAGACGGCAGCGCCCAGUACUUCACCACCCUCAACGGUGACGUCAUCCCGCCCGUGCCCGCCAUCCCCGCCGAUCUGCGCAGCGACGCACCCGCCCCGCACAUCGACUUUGCCCAGCAGCAGCACCCUGCCAACGGCACUCCAUCGCACGCCACGUCCAGCGCCAACGCAGGAGGCGCCGUGAGCAGAUCCCGCAGCGUCAAGAGCGGGAUCAGCAGGGGCCGGAGCGGGAACCGAACGCACAGGGGCAGCGAAGUCGCGGCUGCGCCGGUCGUCGAUGUCGGUGCUUUGCUCGGGAGCGUGGGGUUGGAUGACGAUGACGGUGACGACGAGGGGUUGAGUACGAGUGGAGAGGGGCUGGGAAGGGCGCCGUAUUAG